UUUGACGUGCCUCUGGCCUACCGGAAGGAAGCCCAGCAGCUGACCAUGGCGAACGCCGCGGAGCAAUGGGUGCUGGUGGAGAUGGUCCAGGCGCUCUAUGAGGCUCCUGCUUACCAUCUUAUUUUGGAAGGAAUCCUGAUACUCUGGAUAAUCAGACUUCUUUUCUCUAAAACUUAUAAAUUGCAAGAACGAUCUGAUCUUACACUCAAGGAAAAGGAAGAAUUGAUUGAAGAGUGGCAACCAGAACCUCUAGUUCCUCCUGUCUCAAAAGACCAUCCUGCUCUCAACUACAACAUAGUUUCAGGCCCUCCGAGCCACAACAUUGUGGUGAAUGGAAAAGAAUGUGUAAACUUUGCCUCGUUUAAUUUUCUUGGAUUGCUGGAUAAUCCUCGGGUGAAGGCUGCAGCCUUAGCCUCUCUAAAGAAGUAUGGUGUGGGGACCUGUGGACCGAGAGGAUUUUAUGGCACGUUUGAUGUUCAUUUGGAUUUGGAAGACCGCUUGGCAAAAUUUAUGAAGACAGAAGAAGCCAUUAUAUACUCAUAUGGGUUUGCCACCAUAGCCAGUGCUAUUCCCGCUUACUCUAAGAGAGGAGAUAUUGUCUUUGUAGAUAGAGCCGCCUGCUUUGCUAUUCAGAAAGGAUUACAGGCAUCACGUAGUGACAUCAAGGUAUUUCAGCAUAAUGAUAUGGCUGACCUGGAGCGACUACUAAAAGAACAAGAGAUUGAAGAUCAAAAGAAUCCUCGCAAGGCUCGUGUAACUCGACGUUUCAUUGUAGUAGAAGGUUUAUACAUGAACACUGGAACUAUUUGUCCUCUUCCAGAAUUGGUCAAAUUGAAAUACAAAUACAAAGCAAGAAUCUUUCUGGAGGAAAGCCUUUCAUUUGGGGUCCUUGGGGAGCAUGGCCGAGGAGUCACUGAGCACUUCGGAAUCAGUAUUGAUGAUAUUGACCUGAUCAGUGCCAAUAUGGAGAACGCAUUGGCUUCUGUGGGAGGGUUCUGCUGUGGCAGGUCCUUCGUGAUUGACCACCAGCGACUCUCUGGCCAGGGGUACUGCUUUUCAGCUUCGUUACCUCCCCUGCUGGCUGCUGCCGCCAUCGAAGCCCUCAACAUCAUGGAAGAGAACCCAGGUAUUUUUGCAGUUUUGAAGGAAAAGUGCCAAAAAAUUCAUAAAGCAUUACAAGGCAUUUCCGGAUUAAAAGUCAUGGGGGAGCCCUUCUCUCCAGCAUUUCACCUGCAUCUGGAAGAGAGCACUGGGUCGCGAGAGAAGGAUGUUAAGCUGCUUCAGGAAAUUGUGACUCAGUGCAUGAACAGAAGUAUCGCAUUAACUCAGGCACGCUACUUGGACAAAGAAGAGAAGUACCUCCCUCCUCCAAGCAUCAGGGUCGUGGUGACAGUGGAACAAACAGAAGAAGAGCUGGAGAGAGCUGCAGCCACCAUCAAGGAGGUGGCCCAGGCUGUCUUGCUCUAAGCUGAGCCCAGCCCCAAUGACUCCUGCCACGCAACAUGCAGAGGAACUUCCGGACUUGCAGAGACCUCCCGUCGCCCGGAGACAGCCCUAAGGAGAGCCCAGGGCUUAACCAGGAUUACCACCGGCCGUUGCGCACAUGGACCAAACAUGAGCCCGGGAGAGAGACACUGAUUAUUUUUUAAAAAAUCUAAAAACCCAGGAACUGAUUUUUUUUUUUUAAACAGGACAGCUAAUGACAGCAUAUAACAAAUAUUUAAAUUGUGCUAUUUAGUACUAUUUAAAAGCUUUAUUAUCCUUGUACUUUAUGUUCUUUUUGUCAUUGUUUAAAACUGGAGCUUCGAUUUGUCUUCCUUCUGUUGGUCGUGAUUUUGUACGGACUCCAACAUCCGGCAUAGACGAGUGCGCAGCGGCAAAGCUGGGAGAGGCUUCAUGUGCGCAACAAAAUGUGCAGCUGGAGAUCCGACCAGCACCUUUCCAGUCUUCAUCAUGUGAAGCCAAAACUCUGUAAAGGAGCACUUUGUUGUGGGAUUACUGUGGACUUUUUCUUAUAUUUGAUUCCUAGAAUUUUUAUAUACACUAAAUAUUAAGGUGACACCAUUUCUAAUGUAAGCGUCCCUAUCCAGAGAAUAUUCAUUAUAGUUCUACAUAAGCAAUAAUUUAAAUCAAAUCUUAUUUUAAUAUGAUUGAGCUUUGCACUUACCUGUUGACUUCUAACCUGUUUAAAGAGAGGGUUAUCAUGUUGAUUCCAGAAUAAAAAUCAUAUCCUUGCUAUCUUACAGUAUCGUGGAUGUUUAUGUAGAGAGAAUUUGCCUCAGGAGCCACAACUGUAGGCUUUUUGUAAGCUAAAAUAAGUGAGAAGUUUUAGGGUUUUUGCUUUGUUUUUGUUUUUUUGCUUUCCUUUUCAGCUUAUGAAUUCCAGAAAUCUAAAAAAGAUGUGAAGGCACUGAAAGAGUGAAAUGUUCAAGCUGUGCUUUAGUUCCUUUUCUCUAAAAAAUCAAGUCAGUGGUGUAAAGAUUCACUAGAUGUACUAUAAAAUUUUGCAUAACUAUUACAUUAUUCCUUCCCUUAUUAAAGGUAGAGGAAUAACAUUGCAAAAGGAAAGUCAUUUUUAUAAUCAGUUCACAUUCACAAGAGGUCUUCAUCGUCUUUUUAGGAAACACGGUUUUUUUAAUGUUCUGUUUCUAUCCUGCUUGAGUUCUUUCAUACAUACGUGCCUUGUGGUUGCUGCUGCUUUACAGGAUCCAGUACUGUAGGGAUGUGAAUCUGUGUGUGUUUUUUUAAUGAAAUAAACCUACAUUCCUGAUGAUCCA